AAUGGCGUUUCGCGACGCUCACAAGGUGCAGCUGCGUUCAAUUGGGAUGCCAGACAGGCUGUGGGACACGUUGUACAAAAAGUUUCAAGUCAGAUUGUUGGACUUGGGCGAGUUUGGUGAGUUCCACAUGGAGGAGAGGUCGGGCAAGCACGAGGAGGAGGGGGUGAGGACCAAGGUCUAUACAGUAUAUAUGAAGGAAUUCAAAUAUUUGAUGAAAGAGAGAGACGUGUAUUUCCUCGAUCAUGUGUGGAAGAGUGAUGGAUGCAAGGGAGCCAAACACGACCUACUAAACGAUGAGAAGCUGGUCAUCAGACUCGAAAGUAUACUCGACUUGCAACAUUGUAGCAGUCGGCAACAAGCAAGUUUUGUCGAUAGUCACCAAGUAGCAGCUGUCAUGAAAGUAGCAAAUGUGAGUGGUGAGAUUGCAAGGCGCAUGUUGAAUUCAACUCACCAGGAAUUGAUUCCAUCGAUCAUGAAUGCAAGCGAGAGUUCGUCGUCAUCUGACACUUCAAGUCGAGAGUCGAAACGUGUGACAUUUGAUGAAUUUAAAGCUGCAAUGAAGGGCUCGUUUGAUGAUAAGACGGAUGACGAUGAGCACAUGGAGCGACUGUAUACGGGAUUUCUUCAAAAUCAAAGCGGCACAGCGAGACAGGAGGGCAGACGAGAAUGUUAUGGUUACAGUUGGAUAGAGAAUCAAGACGACAACACAAUAACGGUGACAAUAGGAAUACCACGUGGUUACAACAAGAAAGACAUUGACAAUAGACUAUCAAGCAAAAUGUGGAAAUUUGGAGUGCGUGAGUGUGGUCCUAUUAUUGAUGGUCAGUUCUAUCACUCGGUUGUCAGCAACGAAUGUUUCUGGAUGAUUGAAUCAAACGGAGACGUACAAAUGACGAUACAAAAGGCCAACAGCGACACAGAUGCAUGGCCGUAUCUAUUGGCAGGAGAGCGGCAUUUGGAUGAGAAAGAAGCAGAAAUGCAGCGACUGGAGGUGCAGUGUAGCGUGGAGGCAAGAGUCGAUAACGUGCUGCACGCAAUGUGGAGAUCCAUUUGCACCUUUCAGGCUGUGACGUCGGAGGGACAGCAGUCACGUCUGUGGUAUAUGAUGGAUGAAUUAGGUUGUGGGAUGCCUCACAGUUGGUCUCCAAAUUUUCAUUGUGCCCCGUUUAUGUUUCCCGAAACGGGAAAGUCUUACAGCCUUCUGUGGCCGGCUGAGGACAUAGAGCCGGGUGAUAUGUUCACAAAAGAUUGUUGUCCUCGUUUGAGUGCCGAUGAAACGCAACUGCAGAUGAAAGCUCGAGCAUUAGCAUAUCAGGAGACCGUUAGCUGUCCAAGUGAAUUUGUCGCUGCUCUGUCUGCAAGUCGCAAACUCAGUCAAGACAUCUCUGCAUCUCAACCAUUCGUUCGUGUGCCAAUCACUCAAACUCAACCGAUGGAUUCCUCGCCCGCUCAUUCAGUUAGUCGGCAAUUCAAAUUGUUUGUCGAUACAGAAAGGAAUGCUGGAGACAGGUCACGUGACGUCAUGUCUCUUGUAAGCAAUGCAACUGAAGCUGAUGUUGUGUGGAUCACCGACUGGUCGUCUGUUGAUGCAAGCCAACUCACACGUAUGCAAUGUGUCACCAGGCUAGUGGGUGACGAGUGUCUUACACGCAAAGAUAUGCUUAUGCAAACACUCAGUGUUGCUGGCUUGUCGCAUGUCGAUUGGCUUCCAGUGACGUAUGACAUCACGAGCCAACUGCCUGAAUUGAUUGCCGAUCAUGAGAACCGUGGGAUGUUUGAUUGGUGGAUUGUGAAGAGAAGCUCCUCCUCUCAUGUUGCUCAGUUUCCUGUGGUCACUGAUGAUGUCAGACGUAUCAUACGGCUGGUGGAGACGGGACCGUGUGUUGCAUCUUACUUUUAUCUUUCUUCUGCUCUAUUCAAUGACAAACGGAUUGCUCUCGGCUAUUCAGUCGUUGUACACACUGUUGAUCCAUUAAAACUGUUUGUUCAUACCAUUCCAUCAGUUCGUGUGUGUGAGAGGGCCGCAGGAAACUUAAGUGAUUACGAUCACUACGAUUGCAGUUCUCUGAUUACUAGUCCUACGUGUGUGGAUGUGAAGUGGGAUGAUGUCAAGUCUAGAUUCGAGAAGCAACUAGAAGGGAGGAGGCAGCAGUGGAGUGACAUCGAAAUGAGUAUUCAUCAGUUGAUAGCUGAUGUUUUUUCUGCUGCUCGUGGCCGUUUGAGUGCACAUCCUGUGUGUCAGUGUCUUGGCUUGUACGAAGUCAACAUUCUUCUUCUCUCGUCAUUCCAACCGUUGCUACUCAGUAUUGACCCUCUUCCUGCUCGGAUGCCAUCACACCGUAUGCCAGAAGUUCUUUCCUUGUUGUGUCAACUAACAGCAGAUGAUCAGGAGACAGAUUGUUAUCACAACUUCGUACGACUGUACUAGACGUCGGCAAUACAAACAGUUGCGUUGAUGUUGUUUGCAAACUUGCUACAUUUUUUAUUGCAAUGAUGAUAUGUGACUCACAGCAUGCUGAUGUCAGUUACUUUCUUAUAAACUAUGCUGAUAUUUUAUCAAAAUGUGUAGUAUUAACAUGUGUUUUAGCGUGCGCUAGGACGUGGUCUGUCACGUGUGUUUCAAUGUCU